CCUGAUCGAGAGGAGGGACGCGAAUGCGAGCUGGAAGAGGGACAAGGACGGGCCGAUCGAUAGGCUCGAAGAGCGAGAAAGACGGAGCGAGAGGAGCGCGAGAGACGGGCGCUGGCAACCGGUGGAGGAGAGAGAGAGGGAACCUCUCGCCGCGCUCGGAUCCGCUCCGCUCCUCUCCUCUCCGCGUCGCUCGAGAGUCGACCGCAUCCGCGAGUCGGCGUCGGCCUCAGUGUCGAGCGACGAUCGGACGUCGCGGUGCCGGUGGACGCAGGUGGAAGCUAGGAGACGCGAGCUCGCGCGGGGAACGGGACAAGGAUCCUUCGUCCUAGAGACCGCGGGGAAAGGGGUCCGUCUUGCCUCCACCUCGUCGCUCGGCGUCGCGAGAGAGAGAGAGAAAGAAAGAGACAAGGGAAGCAGCCUCCCGGAUGCCGAGUUGGCUUUAAAGGGAGAGAAUCCAGGAUUUUGUGGAUUUUCGCUCAUCCUGCCAUCGCGUCGUCGACAGAGGACUCGAAGCAACGAGAGGAAGGAGAUAGGGCGGGUUCAAAGGAUAAGGUCUCGCCUGGAAAAGGGGAAAAGUUCCAGCGGAACCCUCCGAGGUCGAUACCUCGAAGUCCCGACUGCUAGAAGAGGAGCGGAAGCGGGGGCUUCCGCCGAUCGGGGGAACCUCGGGGUGCGUGCGAGCGGGAAGAAUAAAAGUGACGUUUACGGCUGAAUCGCGGACCGUGAGAAGGAAUUCCCCGCUCCAACGGCGGGCACCUCGACUCGGCCUCACCUCGGUAGGAGGGAAAUUCCUGCCCCAGGUAUCGAGGAUAAAUCUUAAACGUUAAAUCCGUGGAAUAGUCCCAAGAUUCCUUCCGGCCAGCGUUCUGGGUACAUUCGAAACUCCACCUAGACGCUCCUAUCUGAAAGAUCUUCGAAUCGUUCCCGAAAAACCAGACGCGGAAUACCUCCACGAAGGUGCUACCGUCUGUUGGAUAUCGACCGGGUGGCCGCCCAGGACCCUCGCGACAUCGAGCGGUCCAGAGGACCGCGGAAAGUUAAGUGCCCCCGAGUUGCCGAAAAUUCCGCAUCCCUAGGUGAAUCGCGUUGGAGAAGGUGGAGGAGGUUCAAGGGGACCGAAUAUCCCCGGUGGCCGAGCACGCCACGUGGACGGGGACGCGAGCACGCCUGGCACGCCGUGCGCACCUGGGACUUCGAGCAGAGGGGCACGGCGGACUCGGAGCGGGGAUCCCGGUGUCAGGUGUACGAGGCGUCGGAGCAGGAACUCGUUCAGGUGGACGCGAACGAGCCACGGCUCGGCGAGCGCUCUUCCGACCCGCUUGAUCGUCCGAGUCCAUUAACCCCCACGUGGUCUCGCGUCGGAUUUUGCGCGACCCGAAGACGACGCGAAAAAAUUCGCCGGCAUCGGAGUCGGAGCUUCCGGGUAAACUGAGCGUAGCGUGACCCAGCCCGACGAUCCCAGGCUCAUCUCGGUGCUCGCUUCGAGGUCGUCAAGGUGAAUCCGACCGGUAUUCGUCCCACCAGGACUUCGCAGCCAGCUGGGAACCGGACAGCGGGGACACGACCGGGAGGAUCGAUAACCGGAUUCGAGGGAAACGAGGGAAACGAGGGAAACCGAGGAAACUCGAGGAUGGGCCUUCCCGGACAGUGAGCACCCACGGGCAUGCCGACGCGUUUUCCGCGGCCAAGUCCUAACCGGAGGUCGAUGCCGUCUCCGGGAGCUCGUACUAGCCCUCGAGAAGCGACGAAGACGACCCCGAGGACGAGAUGCCUCUCGAGGAGGUGAUGCCGCGCGACGGCGGCGUAAGGGCGAGUUCGAGUCAUCCGAGUUUCCUACCCCUGGAGGCGUCGGAGGUGGCGCUUCCUUCCUCGGCCCCGACCGCCUACGGCCUCCUGGGGAUGUCCGGGGGAAGGAAACAGGUUUUCGUCGAGCGAGAAGAGAGGAUCCUCGGGACCAUGGCAGCGGAUCGGCAAGACGUCGCUCGGAGUCCAAGGAACGGAUCCUCGCCGGCGAAGGAAGACCGGGCCGAUUCCUCGGAGGGUCUCGAAGCCGCCGACGAUCUUCGGGCCGUCACGGCUACCUUGCACCUUCCAGGGUUCGUCGGGUCGUCGCGGUUGCGCACAAGGUUCUCCACCUUGAAAUCCCGCGAGGAGGCCGCCUCUACCCGCGUUCAGGAGCGCAAGGUCCUGGCUAGGACGGAGUCUUCCAGAGGAGCCAAGUCUCCGGCCUGCGACCCCAAGGACAAGAGCUGGCCUCGAGCCUCCCGGUCGUCCUCUUCCUCGGCUUCCUCCUUCGUCGCCAAUGCCGGAAUCGUCGCCUCCGCCACGACCGGAGCCUCCUUGCAGUCCAGAGACGCCGUUUCCGACCUCGUGGCCGAAGGCGCCGGGUCUCUGGGAUCCGCGGGACAAGGACAGGUCCUGACCGCCAACGGCAGGGUCGCGAGGACUCGCGAGGAUGGAAACGUCGUUGCCGUUCCUGGAAACGCAGUUGGUAACGUUAAUGCCGGCCUCGGAAACGUUAACGAGCCGAUCCCGAAGAGCGACGAGGUGCCUUCCCCGAAGCAGGCGUUCGUCUCCGCCACGACCAGCCCUCGGACUUCCCCUCCGACCACCACCUCCAGCAGCUCUUGGAACACCUCCACCGAGCAGGAGUCCUUGUACAUCGUGGAUUCCGCCGAGGGAAACGCAUACUAUAAAGGCCAGUUCCUUGGGAAGGGUGGCUUCGCGAGGGUUUACUUGAUGACCGACCUAGCCAGCGGGAAGCAGUACGCCUGCAAGAUCAUUCCCAAAAAUCGGAUGCAGAAGAUCCACAUGCAGAAGAUUGCGAGGGAGAUCGUGAUUCACAAGGAGCUGAAUCAUCCAAACGUCGUUCAGAUGCAUCACUACUUCGAGGACAACCUGAACGCUUACAUACUCCUGGAAGCUUGUACGCGAAAGAGCCUGAUGCACGUGCUCAAGUACCGGGGGAAGGUGACGGAACCGGAAGCACGUUACUACAUGAAGCAAAUGGUAACCGGGGUGGCGUACAUACACUCCAGGAAGGUGAUUCACCGCGACCUGAAGCCUGGGAACAUGUUCCUCUCGGAGAACAUGGUCGUCAAAAUCGGGGAUUUCGGGCUGGCCACUCGACCUUACGACCACCCUCGCAGAGUGACAAUAUGCGGCACGCCGAACUACAUAGCCCCGGAGGUGUUGUACAAGCAGGCCUGUAGCUACGAGGCCGACGUGUGGGCCCUGGGGUGCAUCCUGUACGUCCUGCUGGUCGGCCAGCCACCGUUCGAGACGGCGACCCUGAAGGAGACCUAUGCAAGAAUCUGCGACAACCGGUACCGCGAGGUGGACGACACGGUGGCCUCUCGCAACGGGCAGGACUUGGUGCGACGCCUUCUGGAACCGAAUCCAAAAUUACGACCCUCUCUGGAGAAGGUGAAGAGACACCCUUACCUGACCAAGGAGUACGUGCCCUCGUCGUUGCCCCAUUUCUGCUGUUACCAGCCGCCCCCGGCGACUCUGCGUCGCCUGUCGACGGUGUCCUCGACACCGACGCCCCCGCCGUCUCCUCCCUCUCCACCCUUGCCGCUUCUCAAGUCCUCGUCGUCUCCGGAGCCCGAGUCCUCUUCCCGUCUGGGCCAGGUCUCGAAAAACGAGCGCUCGGAGACCCAGAAGAGCGCCUUCGAGCGGGCGCGGUCCAAGGCCUCGCAGAAGGAGUCCAAGGUGAAAUGGCUCGCCAAGAAGCUCCCGAAGCUCCCCAGGUUCAAGCAGCGUCUCAGCAGCGCCCUGUGCCCUAACAAAAAGAAGGUCAGAUCCGGGGUGGAACCGAGACUCGGCUCGGGAGGCGUCGCCGAGAGCGUGCAGAUGCAUCGCGCCCUGGAAGACUGUCUCACCUGUAUCCGGUGCACUCGGUUCAGCGCCAACCCCAAGACCGUCGAGGAGGUCGCUCCUCUGUUCAUCACCAAGUGGAUAGACUAUUCCAACAAGUACGGCCUCGGAUUUCAGUUGCCAGACAGGUCCGUCGGGGUCCUCUUCAACGACAGCACCAAGAUGAGCUACACGCACGAUAGGAGCUGCGUUGAGUACGUGACCUCCACCGACGAAGACCUCGUCCGGUAUGAGAAGGAAAGCGACGUCCCGUUGUUCCUGAAGGAGAAGCUCUACUUGCUGCAGUUCUUCGCCGAGUACAUGGACGAACACCUCACGGAAGGAGGCGAGGUGCGCGGAUGGAUAAACGGCGCGGUCACCGCAGGGAAGCGACGAACGAGACGAAACGGCGCUUUCGUUCCACGGAUGAGGAGAUGGCUCCGGACCGACAAGGCCAUAGUGAUGGAGCUGAACGUUCCCUUCCUUCAAGUGAACUUCUUCGUCGACCACACCAAAAUGGUCGUCUCUAAGCCCACCGGAAGCGGUGCCUAUCUCGUGACCUACAUCAACCCCGAGAGACGCACCUCUUCCUACUGGCUGAACGAUAUCCGCGAUUACGGAUGUACGGCCGAUCUUCACGAACGGCUGCAUUACGUCUGCAAGGUGGCGAGGGAAUUUUCCGAGCUCGAUCAGAACGCUCCCCUUCAUUGAAUUCAAGGCGACAUAAGGAUCUCACGGCUGCCCGAGUUUCCGCGAACCGGGCUCGCAUGCGUACAUACGGAUAUGUACCAUUAUUUGCAAUUAAAAAAAAAAAAAAAAAGAAAGACGACGCAGGCAGCGACGUCCGACGUUUCUUAUUUUUGUUGUCUCUACCGUGUAGAGAGGUAACGAUUGGUCGUUAACGAGGGAGCUAAACCGAACCAGGGAAUUCGGAAGAAACUCGGAGCAACGUCUCUCGUCUACGGUAUAGAGAUAUUAACCCUAUAAAGUUAAGAGCAAUUUUGCUAAAGAAUUAUCGAGUAUAAGGUACUUAUAUACAUUUACGCGAAGUACCGAAGAAAGCACAGAUAGAUAGCGUGCUCCGUAUCGAAUAAAGGACUUCGUAUCGACGUAAUAGAAUUGUAAUAUCCCGGAGGACGAACUAAUACUACCAUUAACUUGAUAUCGCAAUAGAGCAGAAUAAAACGAAAUAUCUUUCAAUCCGGGA